AACGACAAAAUGAUCAUUCGUCCGGAAAAAUAGCCCGGAUACAUGUAAACAAACUGUCUAAUAUUUGUUUUAACACUGUUCGAUAUUCCAUAAUUAUAUCGCAAUGAGUACCAGGAAAAGUGAAACGAUAGCUAAAAGAGAUGUCCCUGAUAAAUCACCGUUCGGUUUUAAGUCGAUUAAAGGAGAACCAUUUCAAAUCAAAUCUGUCAAAGUUGAUGUAAAUAUUGUUGGUCAUGUCGCUGAAGUUACAUCAUGUUUGACUUACUGUAAUGAAGGAAAAACACCUGUUUCAUCAGUGUUCACAAUGCCUGAAGAUGAAAAUAACACAGCAUACCAGCUUGAAGCUGAUAUUGGUGGACAGCACAUCGUUACAUCUGUUCAAAGAAAGCCUGAGGCACAUUUGACAAAGGAAGAUGCAAUAAAUCAUGGAACAGCAGCCAUGAUAUACAAGGGAGACAAAUCCUCAGAUGGUGUCUUCAGUUGCAUGCUGGGAGAUGUUCCAGCUAAAAGUGAGGCUUCACUUGUGUUGAAAUAUGUGACAGAGUUACCACAAGAGCCUGACGGUCAGCUCAGGUUCACACUUCCUACAGUUCUUAAUCCAAGAUACUCUUCAGAUAAGGGAGAUAAAAAAGCUGGUAAAAAUGACAAAAAUGUUGCUCCAUCCAAGGUUCCAUAUAAGUUCAGUAUGACAGCCACAGUGAAAGCUUACCAUAAAGUUACCUCAGUGACUUCGGAAACUGUAAAGUUAAAUGUUACAUUUGAAGAAGACAACAAGAUAGCAAAGGUGGUAAUUGGUGAUGACUUUAAGUUUGACAGAGAUAUGCAGUUGUGUGUGUUAUAUGAGAAGCCAUAUUCUCCACAGGUCAUCCUAGGAAAUCGAAACCCUAAAUCUGAGGAAGUGUACAAAAAAGAUAUUUGUAUGUUGAGUUUCCAGCCAGAUUUGAGAAAGGUUUCUAUUGCAACCAAUGGAGAAUAUGUGUUUAUCAUUGAAAUAUCAGGAAAGAUGGAGGGUACUAAGAUGGAAAAUGCCAAGAAAGCACUGCAGCUGUUCCUAAGGAGUUUACCAGCUGAUUGUUUCUUUAAUGUCAUAUCCUAUGCCACUAAGGUCAACUCUUUAUUUAGAAACAGUAAUAAAUACACAGAGAAAACACUGAAAGAAGCAUUCAUAUUCUUGGAAAAGAUGAAAACUGACAUCACUUACAAUGCAGACAUAUUCAAAGCUUUAGACCACAUAUAUGGUAAAAAACCUAUAUCUGGCCAUCCUAGAAAGGUGUUUUUGUUAACAGAUGGAAAGACGAAAUAUAAUGCCAAAAUAACAAGUCAGGUCACAGACCUUGUAAAGAAACAAGGACAGAAAACAAAUUCAAGGAUUUUCAUCCUGGCUAUGGACUAUGGCUAUUCAACUGUUUUGUUGAAAGAUGUUGCACAUAUCGGAUUUGGUAGAGCAGAGUUUAUUAAGGACAAUGAGCGUGUACAACCAAAGGCUAUAGCACUACUUAAGUAUUCUAUGCAACCAGCUAUAACAUAUGUAGAAGUUAAGUUGGAUAUACCAUCAGGUUUGACUGUAGAUCUGAUUCCUGAGAAACCUCAAAAUGUGAUAUCUGCUGGAGAGAGGCUGGUUAUAUUUGCUGCUAUACAGGGAAUGAAGGAAAAUACUACUAAUGCUCCCUGCAAAGUGACCUUGAAAGGUGUACAGGAUGGGAAAGCUUUGACUCACAGUAUGACCUUUGACAUUCUUAAAUCAGAUGAUGUCACUGUAUCUGCUGCAGUUCGUCACCUAGCAACCAAAGCUCAGAUAAAGCUUCUGGAAGAUCAGGAAGAGGAAUUUGUAGCCUUACAUAAUCCAGAAAUACCACAAUGGGUUGAGUUUUGUUCUGACAUAAGUUCUCUACGACAAAAGAUAAAGAGUCUUAGUUGCCAAAGUAACAUCAUCUCAAAAUACACUUUUUAUACUGCAUUGAAUGACAAGGGAGAUAAUGUAGUUAAGGAUCCUGGUCUCAAGUUUUCUAAAGUACCUACCCUGACAGAUAUAUUCAUUUGUGAACUAAAAGUGAAAUUGGAUAUACACUUCAAAGCAAAUUUGAUAGCAGGUGGUUUAUUUGACGAACCAGGUGGGGAUGACCUUUUCUUCAAUGACAAGGGGGAUGUGGAGGGGAUAUUAGCAAAUAAAUUUAAAGAACAAAAGGAGGAGGAGGAGAGAUCAGCAGAAAAAUUUACAGAACAAAAGGAGGAGGAGGAGGAAAAAUCAGCAGAAAAACUUAAAGUACUGAAGGUAUUAUAA